AUGAAUCCCGACGAUGGCUUUCUUUACUGUUACCGGUAUCUCUACGGCCUGAUGUUCUUUUGGGGCUUGAUUACGUUUCAGCCGAGAAGUUCGCGGAAAGGUGGAGUCAGGUCUACCAGGCUAACGGUAAGCUACGCCCUAUUGGCCCGUCUGUUUGGAGUGGCGGGGCUAAUAACAAGUGUGUCGGUAAAGCUUAAGGAUCCACAGAUGGCGUCUGCCAUGUUUAGCCAUCUGACGCCGCUGGUGAAGGUAAUUUUUUCGUGGGAGUGUCUCAGCUGCUCGAUAACCUACGUGGAAUAUUGCCUUUCGUUGGAUAUGCAGCGAAAAAGGCAUCUUGAGCUCCUUGACAGCCUGCAGGAAUUUGAUCGGUUGGUUUCAGAACAGUUUCCGUUGGUAAAGUGGAACUACCAACGCACCCGCAUGAAGUACUUCUACGGCACGAUGAUCGUGGGCUUCUGUUUUACCUCCUUUUCCUUGUCGUUGAUCUUCGACACGGUGCGGUGUAACUGCGGCCUUCCGUCCACGCUGCUGAUGGCGUUCAGUUACACCAUCCUAACCAGUUCUCUAGGAUUGGUGGGCUUUGUCCAUAUCGGCAUAAUGGACUUUCUGCGCCUCCGUUUGAGACUAAUUCAAGCUUUGCUUCAGCAACUGUACCAGUUUAAAGGCCCAGAUACAGAGAAGGACAUUCACCAACGGAUAGGACACCUAUUCAGGAUGUCUAAACGCUGCUGUGACCUUUUAAAGGGUCUAAAUUCUGUUUUUGGAUUCGCUGCAGCCGCCGGUCUCUUCUACGACUUCACUAUAAUGACUUGUUUUGUCUACGUAAUCUGCCAGAAGCUGCUCAGUCGAGAGCCCUGGGACCUGGAGUACACAUUCAUGGUACUCCACGUGUCCAUACACACCUACAAAGUGAUCAUCACCAGCAGUUACGGGUAUUUGCUCCAACGUGAGGUCGGUAAACGCCAAUCGGUUAGAGCAAUAAAAAUUGUAAGCGUUUUAUUCCAGAAAAACAACUGUAUGCAUUUGCUGGGUAAUUACUCCAAAUACUUUCCUAACAAUGAAGUGGCAGCCCGGCAAACCGAGGACUUCCAGCACUGGCGGAUGCACAACCGGGAUAGUGCCGUUGUGGGUAGCACUAUACCCCUCAGUGUUUCUACAAUUUACUUGAUAUACAACGGAAUGGCCAACUAUGUUAUUAUCCUGGUGCAAUUGCUUUUUCAGCAGCAGCAGCAGACCAAGGAUCGCUCCACAUCCUUGGCCAGAAAUGUGGAAAUAGUGGGGCCCAUAGGUCCCAUUACACAUUUGGAGUAA